CCCCCCCCCCCCCUAAAUCCCCAACCCGGACCAAACCCUCUUUUUUUUCGGGAGCCGAGGCAUGUUGCUAGUUGCUGGAUGCGGUGGUGUAAUAUCCGUUCGUAUCCCGACCCCGAGACGGAUAGCCAACUCUCACCACCCCUACCAUCGGCCCGCCAGAUCCCUAGCUUGCGAUUCCGCAGGUUCCGCUGCGGCGCGCGUGGGUGA